UUUUUUCAAACUUUGAUUUUAAUUGAUUUACUGUUAUAUAUUCAACCUACUUUAUUUUUUACAGUUACUCUUCACCAUCUCUUUAAAACAGUAAUUAAAUCUCAUUCAUUUUUCUUUUAAGAUUCCACCGGAAAUGAACCACUCAAACGAUUUGUCGCCGGUGACUUAUAAAGUCCACCGGAGUUUCACCUCAAAACAGCUUUCUUCACCGCCGGCAAAGUGGGGCCCAAAGGAUUUUUCACGGGUGGUCCGGAUUUCCUUCACCGACUCUGAUGCCACUGACUCUUCGAGUGAUGAUGAUGUACCAAAUGAACAUAUAACUCGCCGGAAAAUCAAGAAAAAGUAUAUAAGCGAGAUAAAGAUCGCAGCUUUCUCGGAGAAACCGCCGGAAAAUUCAAAUGGGGUUGUUAAGAAGAAGAAAUUAGAGAGGCCCACCAAGCCAAAUGUGAAGAAACUGGUCCCACCGAAUCGUCCCAAAUAUCGAGGUGUCCGGUUGCGGCCAUGGGGCAAAUGGGCGGCAGAGAUACGCGACAGUUCUCGUGGCGGUAGAAUAUGGUUAGGGACAUUUGGCACAGCAGAGGAAGCUGCAGUUGUAUAUGACAAAGCUGCAAUUGAAAUUAGGGGUGCAAAUGCUCUAACAAAUUUUUUGAAGCUGCCGGAAAAUAUUCCGGCGCCAGAAGUGUUGCCGGAGGUGGAGUGUAAGUUGGAGCCUGAGGUGGAAUCUCCCACUUCAGUUUUUAGGUUCAGGGGUAAGGGUGAAGUGGAUAAUGGUGACUGGAAACCGGCUGAAGAGGUCGAGUUAAAAGAUGGAUUAUGGGGAUUGGAUGAAUUCGAGUCAUGUUAUUUGAGUGCAUCCUCGCCGUUGGUUUAUGGAGAGAUGAUGAGUGUGGUUGAAGACAUGAGGUGUUUGGAUGAUGAGGAGAGUCUUUCAUAUGAUUUUGUCAAGGAUUUCAAGUCUUGUGCAUGGGAUGUUGAAGAUUUCUUUGGUGAUCUCUAGUCAUUUUCAUGAAAUAAGACUAAUGCCUAACUAUUAUAGUAAGUAUAUUAUUAGUAUAUGGUUGAGAUAUUAGAGAUGAGGAGGUUUUUUAGUAUAUGAUCAAAUAUGUAUAUAUUA